GCUAGAUCCCCAAACCAAGACGAUCACGGAGAGAGAAUAGGAGGAGGCAGCGGAGGAGGAGGCUGCUGCGGGGACAGAGGGGAAGAUGCCUCAUGGCUCGCCCCAUCCUCGGCAUCACCAGUCGCGGGCACUAACGCAGCCAGCAUGCCGCGGUUCGGAGCCACAUGGACGGUCACCCUGCUGCUCGUAGUGGUGCUUGGAGGAACCUUUCUAUUUUGCGAGUAUCUUAUUUACUUCCCCACCAUCUUCCAGUGCUCGUGGCCCGUCGUGAGCCAUGGCCGCGGGGGAAACGACGUGGACGGUCCCCGAGGAGGAGGAGGAGGAGGUGGAGGAGGAGAUGCGUCCGAACCGGUGCGCGCCAUGGUGCUGUCCGAUACCCAUCUCCUAGGGGCCGUAGGCGGGCACUGGUUUGAUAAGCUCCGGAGAGAAUGGCAGAUGGAACGAGCUUUCCAAACCGCGUUGUGGCUCUUAAAACCAGAAAUUGUGUUCAUUCUUGGGGAUAUCUUCGACGAAGGCAAGUGGAGCUCGCAAAAGCACUGGGAGGACGAUGUGCGGCGUUUCCAUAGGAUGUUCAGACACUCCCCGGACACUGAGCUUGUGGUCCUGGUCGGAAAUCACGACAUCGGAUUUCACUACGAAAUGGACUGGUUCAAACUGCAGAGGUUUGAGAAAGUCUUCAACGCUUCAUCCACAAGAAUCGUCACCAAAAAGGGAGUCAACUUCCUCCUGGUGAACAGCGUGGCUCUUCACGGAGACGGCUGCCCCAUCUGUCAGUCUGUGGAGAAGGAGCUGCUCCGCCUGUCCAAAGACCUCAACUGUUCUCUGCAGAGUUCACAGACAGGAGGCAGCAGCAGUUCAACGGACAGCUGUGAUGGGGCUCAGAUGUACCCUCCCACUCCUCCAAUCAUGUUACAGCACUACCCGUUGUACAGAGUGAGUGAUGCUAGCUGCACAGGUCAGGAUGCUGCUCCGGCUGAAGAACGCCACCUGCUGUUCAGAGAGAAGUAUGACGUGCUGUCCAAGGAGGCAUCACAGAGGCUGCUGCAGUGGUUCCGGCCCCGCCUCAUUCUCAGUGGCCACACCCACAGCGGCUGCGAGGUGCUUCAUGAAAACAAAUACGUGGAGAUCAGCGUCCCAUCAUUCAGCUGGAGGAACAGGAACAACCCUAGCUUCAUCCUGGCCUCUGUGACGUCUCAGCACCACUCUCUGUCCAAGUGUUUUCUCCCAGAGGAAAGCACCGUGAUCGGGGUGUACUGUUCAGCUGGGGCCUGUCUGCUCCUCCUGCUCCUGCUGCACUGUCUCUGUCUGAAGGGUCUGCUCCAGUGUCUAAGUCUAUGUCUGUUGGGCAAACACAAGUCCCUCUGAACUACAAUACCCACAAGCCACCUGGAGGCUGGACUGCAAUACCCACAAGCCACCUGGACUUGUACCUACGACUAGCUAGGCCAGCCAGUAUCUUAUUGUAUACCUAACAGAGAAAUUCAGUCUGAUGUUGUUAAAAGUACAUAUGAUAAGUUAGACCACACAUUUCACUAAAACAUAGUUAACCUGAUUAUAUUGAUACUUUGCAGUGACGUCAUGCUGGGGGUGUUCCUUAUGUAUGUUUUUAGCAGAAUGUUCAGCCGAUACUAUGGUGAUACAAAGCUAACAUUAGCAAACACUGCCAAAAAAGUUUUAAGACUCAAAAAAUUGAUUUAAACAACACAUUUUCAGGAGCCUAUGAUCAAUGA